GGUUGGUUAGUUGGUUAGUAAGAUAGUUACUAGUUGUUAGUUUGUUAGUUUAAAUAAUAGAAUAUUUACCUUAUGACUUUUACAGACUGGCAUCGUCAGGAAACUACGGAGAUUCCUUCCACAAGUACGUUCUUAUCUGGGACGAGGAUCAUAUCAGUAUUUCAAUCGACGAUACAGAAGUGUUGAAUGUGACACCACAGACAAACAUGUGGCAAUUCGGAGAGCUCGAUAAAGAUGGUGUAGAAAAUCCAUGGGCUGCUGGAACCAAAAUGGCUCCCUUUGAUCAAGAGUUUUUCCUUAUCAUGAAUGUGGCUAUAGGAGGAACGGGUUUUUUCCCCGAUAAAUUCGUCAGUCCUACGGGAAAACCAUGGCAAGAUAAAUCUGAAUUCACAGCACGUGAUUUCUGGAACGCACGUGGUCAAUGGUACCCAACAUGGAACGCGGACAAAAAUAACGGAGAAGAUGCCGCUAUGCAAGUUGAUUACAUCCGAGUUUGGAAGCUUAAACCAUAAAAUGAACAUUAGAAUAUUCUUUAUAAAUAGAUCUUCAUACAAAAUGUUACAAUUUUAAAUAAAAGGUACAUACCGAU